GUCUUUUAUCGAUGAUAUUUGGUUUGCUUGUUUAACCAAACGUUACAAUAUGCUCAUGCUUGGCGUGGUCAUAGCGAUAGUGGGUAGUGUUUCGAUGUUUAAUCUGGAAACGCGUCAGACCUUAGAUAAACACGGCCUACCGGGUUCAUACUUUGGAUAUUCGGUUGCUGGGCAUAGUCAACGUGGUACUGGAAACAUUACAAAAUGGAUCCUCGUAGGAGCUCCUCUAGGUCAAAAUAUGCAACCAGCAUCAAACCGCUCUGGCGCUCUGUUUCGAUGUCCAAUCUCAGUAGCACAUAACGAUUGCGUACAAGUUGUUACAGAUGGCUACAGAACAGAUGAUAUAGACGAUGAUAAUAACAAUGACGGUUUCUUGCCGGAGCAACGUCUGGAACCUCCAGGACUAGAUGAAAUCAAAACCAACCAGUGGCUCGGAGUUACUGUGGAAACGGGGGGUAAAGAAAACAAGAUUUUUGUAUGUGCUCAUCGUUACAUAAAAAUCAGCAAACCCCAGCCGUUUUCUUAUGCAUCAAAGGCAGCAGACAGUGAUUCUCCCGGUCUGUACCUAGGGCAAGGUGUUUGCUAUGUGUUAAACGAAGACUUUUCGUUUAGCUUUGCUGUUGAAGUAUGCCGUGGACGUUCCAUUGAACGUGAGCAUCAACAAUAUGCAUUCUGUCAGUCAGGAACAUCUGGGGCUGUUCUAGCAGAUGGCACCGCCCUGAUUGGCACUCCUGGAGCAAUGACGUGGAAAGGAACGUUGUUUAAUGUUGCCAUUGAAGGGGAUUUUUUAUCAAGGGACAAAUUCCAAUACUACGCUCCACACGAUAAUGUUCAUUCGCCUGUACCUAACUAUAGUUAUUUAGGAAUGUCAGUAACAGGCGGCCGAUUUUUUGGAGAGCAUAUGACAUACGCAGGAGGUGCCCCAAGAGCAGCUCAAGGAAAUGGCGAAGUAGUUAUAUUUUCAAAUCGCAACCGUAAGAAUCCCUUCGACCAUAUCGUUUCGUUGAUAGGCGAACAGUUUGGGUCUGGAUUUGGUAGCGCUAUUGCCGCCACUGAUGUAAAUGGAGAUGGAUUACCGGAUCUGUUUGUUGGAGCACCAAAUUAUUUCAACCGUACUGACGGAGGUGCUGUGUAUGUUUACUUGAAUCGAGGCAAUAGUUUUGAUCAAACAUACGAUCAACGUUUAACUGGUCGUUUAGAAUCCCGAUUUGGAACCGCGAUUGCUAACUGCGGUGAUUUAAACCGCGAUGGUUUAAACGAUGUAGCCAUCGGUGCCCCAUAUGAAGCGACGGGUAGGGGUCGCGUCUAUAUUUACUUCGGAACGAUUAACGGUCUGUCCGCUGAACCGGCCCAAACCAUCGACCCACCUGAUUCGUUCGCCAAGCCUAGCGAUUGGCGUACUUUCGGCAGUUCUCUGGCAGGAACCCAUGACCUGGACGGUAACUCGUAUCCUGAUUUAAUCGUGGGAUCCUAUGGGAGCGAUCGUGUGACUGCGCUGUUAGCUCGACCCAUCAUUAACAUUCGAACUUACGAAGAGCUGAAGGAUGAAAAUGGCGUAUAUGAACCAAUUGAUCCAACCAAAAACGGCUGCUUUGCAGAUCGUGCAACGAACGUCACAUGCUUCACUUUCCGGGCCUGUAGUUCUGUCGACGAUGCGUUUCUUGCCUCCAACGACGGCGACGCGUUAAAUGAAUCAUUCCUGUUCUUGCGGUUUACGAUUAAAGCCGAAACGUUUCUUAACGAUCGAAAGUUUUCUCGGGUCUAUUUCGGCAUGUCGCAAAACGAUUCCACAGGAACUUCAGUUACGCGUACUAACGUAUUGAACAAACGGUUUCGUCUGGCAACGAGUGCCAGUGCAAAUGAGACCGAUAAAACGUUCUGCCACGCCGUAACAGCUUACUUAAAAGAAGGCACCAGAGACAUACAGAAUCCAAUACAAUUUCGGAUUAAUUAUACUUUAGACGAGGAACAGCGCGAUGCGAGUGCAUCGAAUCCCAUGAAAAAUCGUCUUCCUCGUUUGGAACCUAUCUUAAACCGUACAGCGGCGGAGCGUAUCUUUACCGUGCCAUUCCAAAAGGAUUGCGGGGCGGAUGGCAUUUGUCGCUCUGCUUUGUUUAUUCAGGACAUUCAGUUAGUUGGACUAACGAGUAAUGGUAGUGAUACUUACUUCCUAGUAUUAGGACGGGAUCGUACUCUCACAUUAACGCUUAAGGUGCUCAACAGAGCUGAUUCGGCAUAUGAAACACAUCUCUAUGUCCAACACGAUUCGUCACUUACUUAUGCUGGUGCCAAGGGUUCAUCUAUAUGUGGAGCUCAUAACAUAUCGAUGGUGGACUGCAGUAUUGGAAAUCCGCUCAAACGAAAUGGUGAAAAACUGCUCGCAUUGCGCUUUGAUGCUCGAUCAUUAGAAGAAACAGGAUAUGGUCGAGGCGCUAAUGGACCAACACAAACUAUAUCGUUAGUGAUUUUCAUGAAUACAACAUCCCGUGAUGGAGAUCUGAAGCCGAAGUAUAUCAACCUAAGAAUUGUGCGAACGGCCAAACUUGGCAUUACAGGCGUAGCACAACCUGAACAAGUUUUUUACGGUGGUGGGGGUGUUCACAUAGUAGGCGAAAGUGCUAUACAGUCGCUAGACGAAAUUGGAAAGCCCGUUAAGCAUGUGUUCCAGAUGUUUAACGAUGGUCCAUGGCGCGCCCCGGCAGUUAAACUAAUGAUCGACUGGCCGUUGCAGGUAGCAAAUAACAAACCACAAGGCAAAUGGCUUUUGUAUCUGGAUGCUUUACCAACGCUGGAAAUAUCAAGCGCACGAGAUGCAGGGCAAGAUCGGAGUUUUUGUAAUGUGCUAAGAAAGCCCGAAAUAACAGGAGAAGGAUCUCCAGUUAAUCCACUCGGCCUACGUAGUUCGUCAACGAAAUCCAAUUAUUCCCCGCGCGCGUCGCGUGUUCGACGAGACCGUGCAAUGGUAUUGCGGCCCUCCGCAGCAGAUGGAGCUAUCCAAAUGGACUGUCUUAGCCAAACUGCCAAAUGUGUUCGCAUCGUUUGUGACAUAUAUGACCUGGGUCCAAAAGCUCAAGCCCUGGUAUCGAUAACAGCUCGUCUGUGGAAUACCACACUUGUUGGAGACUAUCCACGGGUGGACGUUGUUCGAAUCGGUUCGAGUGCGCAUUACACCGUCGAAGGACUUGAUGAUAUCGAUGUUCCUGAAACACUCAUGGUGCGCACUGAAGCAUUUCCGGAAAUGGGUCCUCCAGUUAUUGCUACAAAUAUACCCUGGUGGUUCAUUGCCUUAGCCGUCAUAGGAGGGCUUAUUUUGCUUGCCGCCGUCACUUACGUACUGUCACGUUUAGGAUUUUUCCGACGCAAACGUCACACAGGAGAAGAUCCCACGCUUAGCGGUAACUUAGAGCGACGUCAACUUCCAAAAAGCACAUUUGAUAGUGUGCACGAUUCACAUUCUGGAGCUGAACGUAAACCGUUCAUGAAUCGGCGUUCAUGAUAAAGACUGAUUGAAAGGUCGCCUUAGUCCAAACACCACCAGUGCCAUUUUCUUAACCAUGCCCAUAUACUUAAAUGUUUUCAUUUUCAUUUCCGCAUGCAUAGUGCAUUUAAUUAUUUUUUUUACUUUUCAGAUAGAAUUAAUGAAAACAGCUAAAUGUGUUUUUUUUUCAUAAAGUACACAUACGGCACUAUCUUGUACUAUGUCUUACAUUUGGUAUAAUCCCAUUUCUUUUAUAAGGCGAUAGUGCUUUAAAUUAUUCCUAUGAUCAGAUCAGAUGAUUUUAAUUGAAAAUAGUGUCCCGGUUUAUCCCCCGCUGAUAGAGCAGUCGGUAACGCUCGUCGCUGUCACCGCAGCUGGCCUGGGUUUGAAUCCCGGGAUCGGUUGUCAUUCAACCGGCCAUGGUUUCGAUUCCCGAUACCGGCGUGACAAGGGGGGUUGGCGCGGGGCUAACAACCCCCCCGCCCGUAAAAACGAACUGUUACGGUUAGCGCCAGAGAUAUUAACAAAAAAAAUGUCUCUGAUGCAGACUAAGAUCGCCCAGCGGUUGUAACGCGGUUGUAAUAAGAAGAAGAAGAAGUGUCCCGGUUCAACAAUUUUAAAAUUUAAUUUAAGUAGCACUUCAAUUCGCUAGUAUUCUGGAUGCAUGGUCCAUUUUUUACAAUUAGGCGCUUUAUUAACUUGCAACGUGCAAACAACUACUUAAUAUAGUUAUAUGUAUUUUAUAAUUAGGCAUCAGGUACCAACAGCUGACUAUACAUCUCUGGUAAUUUUUAUGCCUUGCCAAAUAAUGCGAAAUAUAGUUGUUAGUGAUCAUAUAAGAUUUUUGGGGUAUAUACAUUUUGUAUUUGUAUGUUCACACUUAUUGUUCUUUAAUAGUUCCAAUACUUAGUAUGCAACACUGUGGCCAAACUAUUCAAUUUAAAUGCGUUGCAUAUAAACCUAAUGAGCAGUAAAUUAUUAUAACUAAAUUGCAUGAAGCAUUGAUGGGGCAGAACCUGACGCCUCUUGAACGACACCAAAGGAUCUUCGGUCGCUACUCCUAAACACGUCCACGUCGUACAGAGAGGUAGCAUAUGUUUCGAAUAUACAAAAUGAGGUACACUGGUUCCACAACUUCUUGAAAGGAUGGUUAAUAGGUUUAGACUGUAUUUUUUGGAAAAAUAUUUAGAUUUGGAGAUCUCGGCGGAUGCUGGAUGCUCGACCAAGAUCGUUUGGCGGAUGUAGCCAGACAAGUAAGUUCCAAGAGCCAGCGUGCAACCAGACGUAGCAUCAGUACGGAGGCAGUAUCUAGUUUUCGAAAUUUCGUUAGAAUCCUCUAGUACAUUGCAGCUUUGGCCGACCACGAGGCUCAUGGCACCAGAGCUUCAAUAAUGAAAUCCCUCGAAUCGAUCCAAAUUUGAGCUGACUUCGGAUCACCCAAGAUGGAAGCUCUUAGCCUUCACCUAUAGAACGAGGGCUACUAGCAAACUACUUACGGAUGAAAUUAAUAACAGUUGUUUUUGCUCCCUCAUUUGUAGCUUUUUUCGUAAUGCUAACUAAUGCCAGCUGAAAUUUUAGAUUUUUUCAUGAAACAUCAUCCAUGUGUGUCUGAAUUCUCAUAGGCGAGGAUCAAAGAACAAUAACAUUUUUGUCGCACCAGUAAAGUCAACUACUAGCCAUGCCCUUGUCGUUCUUUUUUAAUUAAGUUUCUCGGUUGUCGAAUCGUACGAGCAACGGCUUGAAAU